AUGCCUGGCAUUCCAAAGUCGAGGGGCUGCCAGACUUGCAAGCAGAGAAAGAUCAAAUGCGAUGAGAGUUGGCCAACUUGCGAACAAUGCAAACAGCGCAGGCUUGAAUGCCCAGGACCUACUCAGCUCGUCAAGUUUAUCAACAAUGCUUCACGCAGCGAUAAUCCAGACGAGUCACAGGCCGAAUCUUCAGGAUCAGACAGCAGGGCAACACCAUCUAGCAGUCCUAGCCCUUCCCUGAAGCUGCGCAAGGUAUACUAUUCAAAAGUUGGUGAUGAUGCAGCUGAAUACGGCCUUCUGCUUCAGGUCGGGCUGCCCCGAAGCAACCCCACAACCCUCGCGGACCGAAUCAGCGUCCGUCUCGUCGCCAGCAUGGAUCACGGCUCUGAGGGACUAAUAAGUGUCCACAUGAGCUACCUUCCUGAGCUUCCGAAACGACUGAGCGCAAGUGCCUGUUUACGCGACUCGGUGGACCUUUUUUGCGCGGCAUGGUCAGACUCCCGUCGUCAUCGGAAGCGGAGAGAGCUGAUGGAGAUGCCCCAGUACGGGAAGCUUCUGCGGAGUCUUCGACGUGCGCUGGUGGCAGUCCAGGCCUGCAGUAUUGAAACUCUGGCUGCGAUGACACUUCUCGAACGCACAAGCAAGCUCUUUGAUGGAGGGAGGUAUGCAGAUUUACAUCUGAAAGGGAUUAGAGAAGCUCUUAUAAGGAGAGGACUGCCGAAGUUUGAUGACCCGCUUGAGGUCGCGGUUACGAACGAAAUUCACGGGCUUUUGUUGCGUGAUCCAACUAGGAGCGGAGAGAACGACUUCAUCAGGACAUCGCCUUGGAAAGAGGCAUUCGACAGAUGUGCAGAAGAACAGUCAUCUACCUCAGAUGUGCGGCCCUUUUUGAUAAACGACAUGCUACUUCUUCAUAAAUACACGAGAAGACUCGCUCCUCUGUACCAUGAUUUUGGGCGAAUAUAUGCCGACCCAUUCAGCCAAGGCAUGACACGACUUGCCGUGACAAUUCGCCAAAGACUGCAGGACAUGAAGGACUCGACGCUGCGAAUUCAAGAAGAUUCACUGGAGGCUGAUGCUGGAGGAGAUAAGGUGGCUAAAGAGUCUUGUGCAAAGAACCUAAUGAUGGGUAAAAAAACAUACUUCAAGUGUGUGCUACUUGCGGCCAUUUGCCAACGGAUGCUCAUGUGCCAUCUCGUUCCCUUGCGGAUGGUAUACGAAAUGAGUGUCGUUUACGGGACGCCGGACCCGGAGAUCUUCGAUGAGUUUAGAGAGGUUAGCAUUGGCAUCUGGAAUGCGAUUCCUCAACUCCGGGCCUUGGAGUCGAUCGUGGCAGUUUACAUGAUACAUCCAGCCUGUCUUGGUUACGAGGAUUCUAUCAAGAGUGAAAGGCAGCAUGAUUAUGACUCUGCCUGGGACAUGGACAGCGCCCUUCGUCAGUUCCCGGAGGACAGGGAAUCUUUGAAUCUCGCAAUAGCGGAACGCAGCAAACCAACGACAGGGCGUAUGGUUUAG